GACUAGGCGAGAUUGGCAGCCGGUUAGCCAUGCCAAGACCCGCCCUUAUGACCCAUGUCAUUGGUUAACUCUUUCUUAAUACGUAAAGCUGGUUGUGGAAAUGCCACCUCAUUUUCGGAAAAACUAAAAUGAUGGUUUACGUUAAAUAAAGUCAGAACUAUGUUUAAUAGUGAGCGGAUUUGUUUUGAGGAUGGACUGGUAUCAUAAAUCUACGAUGGCGCGAGUCCGGGUUUAUUUCACUUGUGUGAUACACGAGAAAGGAUAAAGAUGGUACAGUCCAUGGACAUAUUUAUAUAACAGUAUAUUUCAGUUGGUAUAAAAACAUAUAUUUGUUAGAAAUUUAAAACAAACCAUAAAAUCUUUUGGUUUUGUGCUUUAACCAUUUCGUCUGGAAUAUAUAGUGCUACUUGGUGCGUUUUAAAGUGUCCCAGGAGGUUUAUUUAGUUUUUUCCCGGAUUGUUACUGGGAAUAAAAGUGUUUUCGCCGAUGAUUCCAGGAUUUUUCGGCACCAAUGGAUUGUACAGUAUGGGAGCCUCACGGAUUGUCUGUCUGUGUGUCCUUGUGCUCCUUACUGUAGCGCAGGCUCAUGCCACGUGGUGGUUUAUCAGUCAGAUGCCCCUCCACGCCGUGGGGGCGGGGGUACUGUGUGACAACAUUCCAGGACUGGUGGGAAAGCAACGGCGCAUGUGCAGGGAGCACCCCAAGCUGAUGGUCAGUUUAGGGGAGGGAGCGCGUAUGGGAGUAAAAGAGUGCCAGAGCCAGUUUCGAUACCAUAGAUGGAAUUGUUCAACACUUGACCGCGAUGCAUCUGUAUUCGGCAAAAUUAUGCUAAAAGGUACACGUGAGGCGUCGUUUGUGUAUUCCAUUUCAUCAGCCGGAGUCGUGCACGCUAUUACACGUGCAUGCAGCAAAGGAGAGCUAAUCCAGUGCGGUUGUGAUCCCAGCAAAACUGGGAAGAGUGCGGACCGGAUAGGCUCCUUCGAGUGGGGUGGAUGUAGCGACAAUGUCCGGUGGGGCAGCUACUUCUCCAGGAUGUUUAUAGACGCCAGGGAAAAGAAAAUUAAAGAUUCCCGCGCUUUGAUGAACCUUCAUAACAACCGUGCCGGACGACGGGCGGUGAAGCGGUUUAUGAAGCUGGAAUGCAAGUGUCAUGGUGUCAGUGGUGCUUGCACUGUCCGCACGUGUUGGUUGGCGAUGCAGCAAUUCAAGCGUGUUGGUGAAUAUUUAAAAAUGAAAUACAACGGGGCCACGCAGGUCAUGAUCAACCAGGAAGGAAGUGGACUUAUAGUAGCCAACCGGAACUACAAACGCCCCACCCGGAAGGACCUUGUUUACCUAGAGGAAUCCCCGGAUUACUGUUUUACAGACUUUGGCAUGGGGUCAUUCGGUACGGCUGGGCGGACAUGUAACAAGACGUCAAUGGGGACUGACGGAUGUGACAUCAUGUGUUGUGGGCGUGGCUACGACACAAAAACCGCCAUCUUGGUUGAGAAAUGCGAGUGCAAGUUUCACUGGUGUUGUCACGUGAAGUGCAAAGAGUGUCGGCGCUGGGUUGAUAUACAUACGUGUAAAGGGCCAAAUCCCGUGAUAUCUCGUCCUGCACAUAGGCGCUCAUGGCGCAGAUAUAAAUGAGAACCUCCGGCAUAGGACUUCCGGUUUAUCAAUUUUUCGAGAGGUGGAAUAGUACUUUAUAGAAUAGACACUCUCAUCCAAGAUAAUCUUGUUUCGUUAAGUAAACUGGAAGGAUCACAAUUCCUCAGAGGACAUUGGUCUCGGAUUUGUUCAGAUGAAUGUCAUCGACAUGCUUGCAGUAUGAUAUUGGAGAGCAGGUGUGCAAUGUCUUCAUUUGACUAUUUUGCUUCACUCUGGACCAAAAUAAAAAUACUUAAUUCUCACAUUAGCGAGUCUAAGAUUAAGAUGCCCAUCCAUUGAGACAUGUAGUCUGUUUGAGAUUUUCACGGACAGUCAUUAACAACGAAAUUUAGUCUUAUACAAGACAAAAAGAUGUAAGAUAUGUCAUUCGUUAGAUAAUUUAGAUUAAAAUAAGGAAUAACGUAUAUGUAUAUAUCAAGGAGUCAGAAAAAUCAUUGAAAUAUUGAUUAGUUUACUUUUAUAUUGUUAUUUUCAUCUCAUCCUCAUCCUUUAUUUAUUUUCAUUUUUGUACUGUCAUAUAACAACCCAGCAGUGUCAAGCGCUUUCACAUGCUUCUUAUUCCUAUAAUAUCGACAACUUCAGAAAAAAUGUCCAGUCUUUUAUAAUCCACGAGUCCUACGCAAUAUGUACAUUCUGCUUCAAGUUCUCUUCAUUCAUACAAGAUGAAGGCCUUGUUUUGUAUUCAGUCAUGUCGAACGUUUCGUAAAUAAUCAUGUUAGAUUAAGUUUUUUUUAAUACCUUUGUACUUUAAUUGUGCUGUUUCUAUUAUGUCUUUGUAGCUGUCGAUGAAGGUACUGUAUUCCAUCGUUUUGGUUAAAAUUGCAAAGCAUGAAAAUGGAUUUGAUCUACUGGGUAUAAGCAUUAAAGCUGCCUACCUGAUAACACUAUGUGUUUCGAGUGGUGCCUGGGGUGACUACAUUCCGGAUUUGUAUGACCCGGAAGGCAGCGAAAUAUUUCAUAGUAUUAUACUGCCUCCGAUAAUUAGUUCCGAUCGCGAUAUGGAAAGUAGGCAUAGAGGUGGGGGAGCAAAUGAACAUUGGAUACGAUUGAUAAAAAUAUUAUCUUUAAACAAGUAAGAUAUGAAUAUUUCAAAAAAAAAAGAUCAUUUAAAGAUAAGUCAGUUUGUGUCGGAUUUAUGUAUGUUAGAACCAUGAAGAUUUCUGUAUUGAAAACAUGUUACUUUCAUUUCACAUAGGACGAUGUACAUUUUCAUUCAAGAUAUAAAAAAAUCAACAAAAUUGUGGUCGCCAUUGUCACAGAUAGAAAUUUUGAUAUUGUUUUUGAAUGCCAUUGUGUUUUUCACAGUAUUUAUAUUUUCUUUACUUCAUACUUUAUAUGGAUGAAGGCUGUUGAUGUAUUUUGUAGACUACAAUUUUUUUCACCAUCUAAUGUAGAACACCUUUUGGUUCAAUUUAUUAAAUCCUCUUUAACUUCAAAAUUCAGCAAAAAUACAGGAAGUUAAAUUAGAAUAACAAGAGUCGCUAUCAUACAUUACUGUUCACGGUAAAAUCAUAUACUUUUUCACAUUGACACCAUUUCGUACUUGCACAACAGCGAAAGAAUACGUUAAAUAAAAUCCUGUUUGCAAAGCUCUGGUGAAGCAAACAGUCAGUACUUUCCUGGGAUUUUUUUUUUUUACAUAAUCUUAGCCCCAGAGUGGAGAAUCAGAUUGAAACACCUUGUGAUUUCUCUGUGAUAUUUAUAGAAUGCCAUAGCUGUCACAUAUGGCAUAAAAUACUGUAUGAAUUGAUGUUUUAAAUAUAUCAUAUCAUUACAUCAAUAUAGGAUUUGAUAUCACCAAUAUACGAUUUAAUUUUAUCUUCAUAUAGUGUGAUUUUACCAUUUUAUUAUUUGAUGUCACUAUAGUAUUAUUUGAUGUCACUAUAAUAUUAUUUGAUGUCACUAUAAUAUUAUUUGAUGUCACGAUAUCAUCAUAUGAUGUCACCAUCAUAUUAUUUACUUUCAAUUUACCAUUAUGUUAUAUGAUUAUUUUGUAUGAUGUAAAAUUAUGAGAUCUGAUUUAUCAAUAUAUUAUUUAAUGUCAGCUAUGUAUGAUUUAAUUUUAUCAUUAUAUGAUUUGGUGUCCAUUGUAUGAAUUUGACAAACCAAAACAAUGCUGCUGUUGGAGUCAGAAAUGAUGGUAACAACAUGUGAGAAAGUGACCCCGUUUAAAGUUAUGUUUACUUCGGAUUCGUGAAGACGCUUGACAUAAUUAUAUUAUACUAAAUAUAUAUUGGUGAAACAAAUGAUAUUACAUAAUAUAAUAUGAUAUAUCAAUACAAUAAAUUCAUAUUAUGAUAACAUUAAUUAUAAUGAGAAUAAAAUCCAUACCAUAUGUGACAGUUAUAGCGUUCCAUAGAUAUUGCCUUCCUUCUAUAUCGGUAUAUAUUUGUCAAAAUAGCUUGUGAUAAUGGCGUUAUUAUUCAAAUUUAAUAGACUUCAUUUGGUUUACAUGAUUUGUUUGCAUUAUGAUUUAACAAUUAUGAAACAGGUUAUAUUAACUUCCGCUCGAUCACAAUAUAAUACAGGUAGUAUUUUUGAUGUUUUGUACAUCUAUACCUCGUUUUAAAGAAGCAAUUAACCAGAAAGUCCAACUCAUUUCUUUCGACAUAUUUGUCAUACCACAGUUAUGUACUAAGUUAUAUUAACUUAUAUGUAUCACUCGUUUUGACCCUGACUCCUGGAGAAAUCCUGAAGAAUCGAAUCCAAGUCGCCUUGCUGAAAGGCGACUACAGAUAAUAAAAACAACUAGUAGCUAUUUCCGGUGUUUUGCAACAUCUAUGCCUCGUUCUGAAAAAGUAAUAUGCCAGAAUGUGUCGUCCAUUUUUUUUUUCGACAGAGGGGUAUAAACUACCUCUAAAGACAUAAGAACAUAUUCCGCAUUGUGAUAUUAUUUGUGAUUUUGUUUGUUUGUUUAAUAUUUGUAUAUAUUUGAUAAUAAAUUUGCUUGAAUGAACGAAUAACU